UUUCCUCUGGAAUCUGGUUUAUUUCUUAAUAUUUUCCUAAGUUCAUUAUCUUGUAUAACUGUAUGUGGAAACUUGCUGGUAAUAAUCGCCAUCAUUUACUUCAAACAGCUACACACUCCAACAAACGAUCUCAUUCUCUCUCUGGCUGUGGCUGACCUUCUUGUUGGUUUUGCAGUUUCUCCUCUUGCCAUAAAAUUCUCUAUGAGCUCAUGUCUUUAUCAAUAUAAUGUAUUCUGUAAAGUACGGAGCAGCUUUGCUGUGUCACUGUGCACAUCAUCUAUUCUGAACUUGUGUUGUAUUUCUGUUGACAGAUACUAUGCAGUGUGUAAGCCUCUGACAUAUAGGACUAAGAUAAGUGAUCAUGUUAUUGUGAUAAUGAUCCUGGUGAGCUGGGGUGUUGCUGUUGUAAUUGGAAUUAUUUUACUAAUUGCUGGAUUAAAUCAAAAAACAUGCACUAAUACGUGUUUACAUUUUGUUAUAGUGGCAAACAUUAUGGCACUUCUUCUUGCAUUUUAUCUCCCAAUGAUUGUAAUGCUGUGUAUCUACAUGAAGAUUUUCCUUGUUGCACAGAGACAGGCACGUAGCAUCCAGAACACAAAGUCUGGAGCAACUGUCAGUAAGAUGGAGAGAAAGGCCACCAAAACUCUGGCUAUUGUUAUGGGAGUUUUUCUGAUAUGUUGGUCCCCUUACUUUUUCUCUGUCACUGUUAAAGCCUUCAGUAAAGUUACAGUACCACCUGUUUUGCUGGAAUUACUUGACUGGUUUGCACUGUCAAAUUCAACGCUCAAUCCAUUUAUUUAUGCUUUCUUUUACAGCUGGUUCAGAUCAGCUUUCAGAAUCAUCAUUUCUGGAAAAAUAAUUCAAGGGACCUAUGCGCAGAUCUUAUUUGUCAACUUCAGUUCGGCAUUUAACACCAUUAUCCCAGACAUCCUCCAGUCCAAACUUAUCCAGCUCACUGUGCCUGCCCCCGCCUGUCACUACAUCCUGACCAACUUUCUGAUGGACAGGAAGCAGCAGGAACUAGCCACAUGGAUGAGCCUGGAUAUGGUCCUGAGAAGAGAUCUCCAGGAUGAGAAUGACUCACAGUGUCUUGGGUCCAGAGGUAACUCUGCAACAUGGACUGCACAAGAUAUCACCAAAGGACGGAUUUCAGGUUCAGACUCUGUGUCAACCAAGUCAAAGGUUGUCCCACUAUCAGUUGCAUGUGUUGCUGGCUUCAACAAGAAGUCUGGCCCUCUGAACCAUGUGCUGGGCAUCAAGGUGUUUGCAGGCAUGGAUCUUGAAGCAUGA